AUGAUUGUCAAUACGCAACUGGAAGAACUUGAUAUGAUCAAUGCUCGAUUCAAACAACGCUUGACUGGUUUCGACUUCGCGAGCUCUGAACAGAAUACAAUAAAGUCAGUCACAAUCAACACCACCACUUCACCCGACGCACCGCGGCUCGUCGUAUCCCAGUCGACUGAAGCCACGCAUCGAUCGACUGAGUCUUCAGGGGUACAACAACAAAUUGCAGAAUCCAAUCCACGUCUUCCCCCACAAUCUCCACGUGCCAAGUCCCCGGGAGAAAUCAGCCGACCGGGUAAAGGAGCUCGUUCACAACUGACCGGAACAAAUGAGCUCGUUCAGUCCGACAGUUCUUUUAUUUCAUUUCAAGCAUCGAAUUCAGCAGCGUUGAAUGAGGACAAGCAACAAGGUAACUACUCGUGA